GAAGAUUUCAUAACUUUUCUUUGAUUUACAGGGAAGAAACUGAUUUUAAAAAACACUUCUUUUAAUUUAAGAAUUUGCUGAACAACGUGGUACCGUCGUUUUGUUUUUGUCAUUUUCCUGUCGACUUUUCAAGCAUGGAUGCAGAGGGCCCCCAGGCCCUGGGUGACCUCUGCUUGGCUCAGGUGUGCCACAGCCUGAACGCUCUGUGCAGCAGGCGAGCAGACGGCUCCAUGUGCCUCAGCUGGGCCCCGCUCUUCCCACAGGAGGUGGCUGACCAGCUGCUGUCUAAGAUGGCAACUAAAGGCAUACUGAAUGACACAACUGUUGGGAUUUUCCGAAACUGCAAGGAACUCCGCCUGCGCCGUGCCUCCAUCCGCUGCUGUCCAGUGUCAGCAGAAGCUUUUCGCUUGGCCCUUUGCCCUCACCGGCUCCAGGAACUUGAUGCCUCCUGCAUUUCGGGGGGCCUCACUGGAGCUAACAUUAUCUCAAGUUUGGCCUCCAACCCUGAGUGCAGAUCCAGCCUGCAGAGGUUAUCCCUCAAUGGGCUAUGUCUGGACUGUGAGUCUCUGGGGGAGGCUGGAGGGACCCGUGUUGGCUUCCGCUCCCUGCAGGGCUUGAGGACACUCAACCUUGCCAACACAGACCUGACUGAUACUGUCCUUGAGGAUAUCUGCACUCUUCCUCUGCUGGAGAGCCUGGAUAUCUCUUGCAGUACCGUCUCAAAGCUCACUGCACUCCUUGACUGCAAGAACACCCUUAGAUCUCUGAUCACCCAUCGGCUGCGGCAGCUGGAUAUGUCGCCUGCCAGAUUGCUCUUUGUCCUUAGCCAGCUUCAAGCUCUCAGGCAUCUAGAUUUUUCAGAUGACCAUUUUACUGUGGAUGACAGUAACGGGAGAGAUGGGGAUGAGACAGUCCGGCAGCUUCUGGAGGGGAGUCCCCAGGUCCUCCCUUCCCUCGUUUCUCUAGAUAUCUCUGGACGGAAGACAAUCACUGGUGCAGCAGUCAGAGCGUUUGUGGAUGCCAGAGGUGGACUGGUCUUCCUGGGCCUGCUGGCCACUGGGGCUAGCUCCUGUGAUGCCCUGUCUUCAAAGAAAAGCCUAAAAGUAACUGGAGACGCUAAUGAGAACCAGGUGUGCGAGGCCCUGAGAAGGUACAGAGACCGUGAGUGUUUCAUACGAGAGGCUCUCGUCCAUCUCUACAAUCUAGUCACUGACACUGACAAACCACGACCAGAUAUGCUAAAGCUGGUGUUGAGGGCGAUGCAGCGCUACCCCACCUCCCUGCACAUCCAUCUUGUGGCCACAGCAUGUGUUUUCAACCUGACCACUCAGGACCUUGCAGAGGCCAUGCCUGUCAGUUUGCUCAGCUCCACUGUCACUCAGCUGCUGCACGCCAUGAAGACCUUCCCCAACCACCAACAGGUGCAAAAGAACUGUCUGCUGGCACUCUGCAGUGACUACAUCCUUCAGGAUGUCCCCUUUGACAAGUAUUUAGCGUCCACGCUGGUGAUUAACUGGCUGAGCAGCCACGAGGAUCCUACCCUUCAGAGGAUGGCGGUGGCUGUCAUCUCCAUUCUGGUGGCCAAGUUGUCCACAGAAGAGACCGCUAUGCUUGGCAAGGACAUCUUUAUUAUGAAGCAGCUUCUGGCUAUUGUGCAGCAGAAAGCCAUGGUCGGAGUGGUGGACUCCACUCUGAAGUUCGCCCUGAGUGCCCUGUGGAACCUGACAGAUGAGAUGCCCAGUGCUGCUCGCAGUUUCAUCGAGUGCCAGGGCCUGGAGCUGUACGAAGAGGUUCUGGAGACCUACAACACUGAACCAUCCAUUCAGCAGAAAGUUCUUGGCCUCCUGAACAACAUAGCAGAGGUGGAGGUGUUACAGGCGGACCUGAUGGAGGAGGACCUGCUGGAGCACAUCCUCAGCCUGCUGCAGGACCCACAGGUGGAGAUGGGGGUCCGUUACUUUGCUGGGGGGAUUCUAGCACAGCUCGCCUCCAGACCAGAAGCAUGGACCCUGGACGACGAGCUCCACAGCACCAUUCUGAAGCAGCUGCAUGAAUCCAUAAUAACGUGGACCCAGCUGGAGAGAGAGAUGGUGUCUUACAGGUCGUUCCGUCCAUUUUGCCCUCUGCUUCAGACGAACCAGCCCUCGGGAGUGCAGCUGUGGGCAGUCUGGGCCAUACAGCUGGUCUGCAGUCAAAACACUUCACUUUACAGCAGCCUGCUGGAGAAGGAGGGCGUGACUGAACUUCUGAAGUCUUUGGCUGCUCAUCCCGACACACACAGUGACAUUAAGGAACUAUCAGACAGCAUCUUGCAUUUGGUGGAGCAACACUAGAGUCACUCAGGGCCCUUCAACAACCAGAUGGGCCUCGAAACGCUUUGACAAAAAGUGAUUGAUUUAUUGUCUUUGAGCUGUGCCUAAAAUGUGCUAGACGUGAGGUGGCAGAAAAAGCAGAUAUUGAAGAACAGACAUGUCAAUCUUAGAAUUCAGGUUUAAUGUAAUAGAUUAUGUGUUGUAUAUUUUAUUCAAGGUAUGAUCACUGGUUGUGAAAAGGUAUUUCUGUCAUUAUCUACUUUUAAACUGUUGAUUUAGUUUAAAUCAUUUGGGGGGGAAGUCUUUUGUAAUAUUUGCACUAUUCUGAGGUCGAAUUGCUGUUAAGUUUGAAAAUGUUUGACCUUAAUAAAUGGUUCCAAAUAAAUUGAGAGACUGAA